UGGUUUUUUGACAUCAUUUGUCACAAACAUAAUAUUUAUUUUCAUUCAUUCACAAAUAUUCUCAUUUCGUUAAUUUAAGUGUUAAAUUUUGUUCUAAUAUAGAAAAUAUACUAAUUAAAACUAAAUUUACCUUAAGUACUUGGAGCUUGCGCACCGCGGGGUGUGUUAUAGCAGCAGUCAAAGGCAAAGAAAGUAAAAGUUUUAGUGAAAAAAUCACUUAAUUAUACAAUCGGUCAUAAAGAAAUAAAAAAUUCGCAAAAACGGCUUCUCGAAUUUCUUUGCAAUACAAUAAAAUGUUGGUGAUUUUAAGAGCUGCCUUAAAAAAUGUUGCUAAAACAAAUGCUGUGAGAGUUAUAAAGAAAUUCCAUCACAAAGCUUUCAGUGAUAAAUAUUUGUUACUAACAAACGUUACCAUUUCCCUGAGUCUCAGUUCGGCCGGAGAUGUGCUAGAACAGCAAUAUGAAAAAUACUGUGGAGAAAUAGAAAAAUGGGAUCGUACUCGUACAUCCCACAUGGCCGUGUCCGGCAUGACAGUGGGUAUUAUCUGUCAUUACUGGUAUCAAUUUUUGGAUGCCCGUUUGCCAGGCCGUUCUAUACGCAUGGUUGCAAAGAAAAUUUUCCUGGAUCAGGUUAUUUGCUCGCCCGUUUAUAUCUCCGCCUUUUUUGUUACUUUGGGUAUCUUGGAACGCAAGUCUGCGGAAGAAGUGUGGGAAGAAAUGAAAGAGAAAGCCUGGAAAUUGUAUGCUGCUGAAUGGAUGAUUUGGCCGGUUGCACAAUUUGUUAAUUUCUAUUGGUUACCUUUGAAAUAUCGUAUAUUUUAUGAUAAUAUUAUAAGUUUAGGUUACGAUGUUUAUACUUCACAAGUUAAACAUACAAAUUAAAAUUCAAAUUAUAUAGUUUUUAUAAAAUUAUUUUACUUUGUUAAAUUUAGGAGUGUGUAAGUGAUUUUUCUGCAAAAAGAGGCUUUGCUAGAGAGAUGGUUGUGUUUUUAAUUUAUAAUUUUAAACCCAAAGUAACAAAAUACCUCAAAAUACAAUAGAUAUACAAUAGAUUUAACGAAACCAGUGUAUUUAUGUUGUAUAGAAAACCCUGAUAAACAGUUAAACUGUUGUAAAAUCUUUUUGGUAAAUUUUUUAAAAAUAAAGAAGAAAAAAACUACAAAAAA